CUGAUUCCCGGCGUCACCGAGGCCACGCCACCAACGAUGCCGUCGGAUCGCGACCACCGGUACGAGUCCGUACCACCAAUCCCGUCCUACGAUGAAGCCCUCGCUGUGGGCGGCCCUGCCAACCCAGACGACUGGAACCCUCCGCGCUCUCCGCUAGACGGCCGCUCGCAAACAGAAACCGAAUCGCAGUCCCUGUUGCACAGGAAUGGUGUCGCAACAUCCUCCCGCCGCCCGGGAGGCUACAGGCCGCCCACGGUCGAGACGGACGACGAGGAUAGCUCGUGGAGUGACGACGAUGGCGACGAGACGGCCUACGUGCGCAGGGAGAUGCAGGAGUUGGAGAUGGGCGACCCGGACGACAGAUCGCGCUCCUCAAUAUGGGGGAAGAGGAUACCGUUUUCUCUCUCCCUGUCACGCUGGAAAUGGUCUUGGCGAUGGAGGCUGCCAAGUAUACCACGUCCGACGAUCCGACUACCCUCUGCUUCCAACGAUAACAACGACGGUAACGAUGCGAACGCGACGACGUCAUCGAGGAGAUUACGGGACGCAUUGCCGAACUGGGAUAAGGACAAGGCGCGGGCGGCCCUGAUAGUAUUCAUACGAGUCUCUGCAAUCUUUCUCGUCAUGGGCAUUCUGUAUGCCCUUUUCAUGAGCGAUCUCUUUACGAGCAUGGCGAGGCGCAUGAACGGCGGCUUGCGCUUCAACCCCGAAGACGUGCGCAUGUACGUCCAACAAAACGUCGAGGCCCGGAGGCUACACGCUUCCGUCAGCCACUACACCAAAUACGCCCACAUGGCAGGAACCGAGGGCGACUACGCGUUGGCUAUGGAUGUCGAGUCCAUGUUCACUAGGGCUGGGCUGGAUUACGUCAACAUUGACGAGUACUACGUAUACAUGAACUACCCCAAGGCCGGCGGGCGAGCGGUCGAGAUACUGGGCGACGACGGCAAGGCGAAAUGGACCGCAAAGCUGGAGGAGGAGGAAGUCGGAGGAGAGGCCGCCGGCCACCAGACGCUGGUCUUCCACGGCCUGUCCAAGUCGGGAGACGUCAAGGGGCCCCUCAUCUACGCCAACUACGGCGCGAGAUCGGACUUCAAGAAGCUGGCCGACAGCGGAAUCGACACCAAGGGCGCGAUUGCGCUAGUCCGAUACUACGGCCCGCAGGCGAACCUGGCGUUGAAGGUCAAGGCGGCAGAGGAAGCCGGGUUUGCGGGGUGCAUCGUCUACAGCGACCCGGCGGAUGACGGCUUCAGGCUGGGAGAUGUUGCGCCGAACGGUCGCUUCAUGCCUGCUGACGGUGUCCAGAGAGGAUCCGUCGCUUUGUCCAACUGGAUUAUCGGCGACCCCCUGACGCCAGGGUGGGAGAGCAAGAAGAACCUUCCGCGCAUGAAGCCCGAAGAGAGCGCCGGUCUAAAUAAGAUUCCGAGUUUGCCACUGGCAUGGCGCGACGCCCAGAUUCUUCUGCAGCACAUCAAGGGUUUUGGCGAACAGGUGCCGAAGGACUGGGCCGGAGGUGUUCCUGAUAUUGCUGAGUGGUGGACCGGAAACCUCUCUUCCCCCAUUGUCCGCCUCAAGAACGACAACGACGUCGUCGAGCAGCAGAAGAUCUGGAACGUCUACGGAAAGAUCGAGGGUAUCGAGCAGGACUCCAAGUCCAUCAUCAUCGGAAACCACCGCGAUGCGUGGGCGUUUGGCGCAACCGAGCCUCACUCCGGUACGGCGGUCCUCAUCGAGAUGGCGCGCAUUUUCGGGUCCCUCGUCGCAAAGGGCUGGCGCCCCCUGCGAAGCAUCGAGUUCAUGUCUUGGGACGCGGAAGAGUACAACAUGGUUGGCUCCACCGAGUUCGUCGAGCACAACGACGAAAGCCUCCGGAAGAACGCUUUUGCCUACGUCAAUCUCGACGCCGCCGUCGCAGGCACCGAUUUCCACGCCGCAGGAUCCCCCGUUUUCAAGCAGUCCGUUCUCCGCGUCUUGGACCGCGUCUUCGACGCAAACCUGAAUAACACCCUCCGCAACCUCUGGGAGCAGCGCGAGGCGGACCUCGAAGAGCUCGGCAUGGACAGCGACUACGUCCCCUUCCAAAACAUCGUCGGCACGAGCUCCCUCGACCUCGGAUUCAGGGGCGCCCGCUUCCCCAAGUCUUCGAGCUACGACAACUACGAAUGGGUCCAGCGCAUCGGCGACCCGGAGUUCUCCUACCACGCCAUGAUGGGCCAGGUCGUCGGCCUCCUCAUCCUCGAGCUCGCCGACAAGCCCGUUCUGCCGUUUGACAUGGUCGGCUACGGCGACCGCAUCGAGCGCUACGUCAACGACCUCGCCAACUUCUGCGACCGCAAAAAGGUCGACAAGUCCAAGUUCUCCAUCGACCCGCUCAAGAAGAUCGUCGACCCCAUCAAGAUCGGCCUCAAGGCCUUCGCCAUGUGGGAGAUGUCCUGGGAGACCAUCGUCAUGGGCGGCGGCGGCUGGGAGUCGAGCCACAUGGGCGACCUCCGCGUCGAGUUCAACUCGCACAUGGCCGACUUCGAGACGGCGCUACUAGACCUCGACCAAGGCGGCGGCAUCCCCAACCGCUCCCAGUUCAAACACGUCAUCUACGGCCCCCAGGCCUGGUCCGGCAACAGCCCCGUCACCUUCCCCGCCAUCCGCGACGCCGUCGACGCCGGCGACUGGGACCUCGCCAACAGGCUCGUCGAGAAGACGGCCCGCGUCAUGUCCAACGCGACGACGAUGCUCCAGGCGUGGGAGAAGGAGUCCAAGGAGAAGGACAGCUGA